GCUUUUGCUCGGCAGUCGAAAGAUGCGGUCGGCGCAAAACAGUAUCAUCUCCGAGUACAAGGUGGCGGCAACGCCCCGCGACGGCUACGAAGCCGGCGAGGACGACAGCGAGAAGCAAGCGCUCGAGUUUGCCGUCAUCACCAACGGCCUCGAACACCCGCAGAUCACGCUCAAGUCGCUCGUCGUCGGCACGCUCAUGGGCAUUUUCGUCAGCGUGCUCGCCAUGUACUAUGGCCUCAAGAUCGGUGUCACGCCGUCCCUCAACGUACUCGCCGGUGUCGGUGGCUUCAUGCUCACCAAGGCCAUGAUGCGCUUCAACAUCUUCUCCGGCUUUUUCUCGGUCCAAGAAAACGUCGUGAUCCAGACGACCGCCGUGGCCUGCAUGAGUCUGGCCAGCCAGGCCGGGUUUACCUCCGGUGUCCUCGCGCUCACGCAGGUCGUGUACGAACAAGUCGGCAACAACACCAAGGGCAACCGCGCGGCCGAUGUCAUCGACUUCAACUGGAUCCACUCGUUUGCGUGGUGCGCCAGCAUUGCGCUCUUUGGCUUCUUCAUCUCAUUUCCGCUCCGCCGCAAGUUUAUCAUUGACAUGCGCCUCCUCUUCCCGAGUGGCACGGCCACUGCGCACAUGAUCAAGACGCUCCAUACGUCCAAGGAAGUGGUGGAGCACCAGUGGAACAUUCUCCUCAAGUCGGGCGUCAUCUCGUACUGCUGGAGCAUCUUUCUCUUCUGCUUUGACGGUCUUGGUUCGUUCCCGAUCUUUGGCAUGAAGGCGGCGGGCUUUGGCUGGACGUUCGACUGGGCGCCGGGCACCUACGCCAUUGCGCUCAUGCUGCCGUUCCGCAUCAUGUACUCGAUCUUCCUCGGCAACAUCGUCGCGUCGGCCAUCAUGACGCCGUACCUCAAGGCGUACAAGCUCAACGACUGGUUCGAGACCAAGGACGUCACGGGUCUCAAGGGCUACUACACGUUCACGGCCGUCGCGAUCAUCUGCGUUGACGCGCUCUACAGCAUUGUCAACAUUGGUAUCAUCCUCGCCAAGUCGUGGAUGAACAAGAAGACGCCGGAGACGACCGAAGCCGAGGACCCGAAGACGUCGGGCGCCAACUCGAUCACGGAGACGCAGCGCCAAGCGUACCUCGACAAGAUCUUCGACUCGGUGCACAUCCCGGCGUGGCUCUGGGUGAGCGGCCUCCUUAUCUUUGCCGCUGUCUCGGUCGUCGUCAUCUCGGUCGUCUUUGAAGAGGUGCAUUGGUACAAGAUUCUCGUCUGCUGCCUCCUCAUCCCGAUCUUCGCCAUCGGUAUCGUCCAGGGUGUCGGUAUGACGGAUUGGAACAUCUCCAGCGCCGUCGGCAAGCUCAUCCUCUUCAUCAUCGGCUCGUGGACCGACGGCGAGGACAAGUCGAUCGUCGCGUCGCUCUUGCUCUGCCAGAUGGUCAUUGUCGGCUGCUCGCAGGCCGCCGACCUCAUGCAGGACUUCAAGACCGGCUACCUCGUCGGCGCGUCCGCGAACGCCAUGAUCGUGGCGCAAAUCAUCGGCGCGUGCAUGUCGUGCAUCAUCGUCCCGACGGUGUGGGUCGUCAUGAACCAAGCCUUUACGAUUCCGGGCGACGUCAUCACGGCGCCGUUCGGCGAGAUCUACCGUGUGCUCGCGAUCACGGCGUCGGUCGGCCUCUCGGGCCUCCCGACCCACUGCGGCAUCUUUAUGCUCAUCGGUGCCAUCUACACGAUCGUCUUCAACUUGUACAUCGACAUGUUCUCCGAGUCGACCAACAAGGUGCACAACGCGAUCGCCAACUAUUGCCCCGUGCCGAUGGCGGUCGCCAUUGGUAUGAUCGUGCCCGCGUACUUUGGUCUGGAAGGCAUCAUCAUGGCCGUCAUCAUCAUCUACUGGAAGUCGGUCGACAAGCCGGGUUUCGAGAAGGCGCAGUACAUCCUCGCCGCUGCUAUGCUCACGGGCGAAGGCUUCUCGGUGCUCACGCAGAUCAUCGUCUCGAUCGCCGGCGGUGCCGCGCCCAUGACGAUCUCGUACGCCAACGCUGGUGCCGGCGGCCACUAAGUCUACGUAGCGUGGACGCUUGGAGUAUAUAUCAAUAUAUCAAUAGUGUUGUGUAAAAAAAAGUGUGUCG